AUGGACAUCCCCUUUGCUGAGGGUAUAUUAAGCCCCAGUUCUACAGAGAUGAGACCUGAACCUCCCAAUUCUCUUGAUCUUAACGGUUCCCAUCCCAGAAGGAUAAAGCUCACUGCUCCAAAUAUCAAUCUCUCUUUGGACCAGAGUGAAGGGUCUCUACUUUCUGAUGAUAAUUUGGAUACGCCAGAUGAAAUUGACAUCAAUGUGGAUGACCUUGACACUCCUGAUGAAGCAGACUCUUUUGAAUACAUGGGACAAGAAGAGCAGAAUGCUAAUAAGGAUGCUUCACAGGAGGAGUCUGAAUCAAUUCCAGAGUACACUGCUGAAGAGGAGCGGGAGGACAACAGGUUAUGGAGAACGGUGGUUAUUGGAGAACAAGAACAAAGAAUUGAUAUGAAAGUGAUUGAACCUUACAAAAAGGUCAUUUCACAUGGAGGAUACUAUGGUGAUGGCCUGAAUGCUAUCAUUGUGUUUGCGGCAUGCUUCUUGCCAGACAGCAGUCGAACUGAUUACAACUAUGUCAUGGAAAAUCUUUUCCUCUAUGUAAUCAGUACCUUAGAGCUGAUGGUAGCUGAAGACUAUAUGAUUGUCUACUUGAAUGGAGCAACACCAAGAAGGAGGAUGCCUGGACUGGGUUGGAUGAAAAAAUGUUACCAGAUGAUUGAUCGACGAUUACGGAAGAAUUUAAAAUCAUUUAUAAUUGUUCAUCCAUCGUGGUUUAUAAGAACAAUUCUGGCUGUGACACGACCUUUUAUAAGGUAUGUAAGUGACACUGGGAUGAGGAAGCACAUGGGUUCUCCCAUCACCGCCAAACUGCGACAAGCAGAGUGCGAUAAUGAAGCUGCUCCUUUCAGAAGUGGUGUCUUUAAUACCAA